AUGCACGCACCUGCGGAUCUGGAUAUCUAUAGUUGCAUGUAUCCUCUCUCCUUCCCCCCAUCAAAUACACAAGUCUCUUUCUUUCCCUCUUUGUUUUGCUUUAUUCUUUCUUAUUCUUUCUUUCUCUAUUUUUCUUUCGUCCUGCUAUUUGCUUUUUGCUUUUUCUCUUUCCUUCCUUGUUUUCCUUUUUCUUUCUUUCUUUCCCUUUUCCCUAUUUGUUUUUCUUUCUAUCUUUCUUUUGCUUCAAAUUUUUCUUUCUUUCUUUGGUUUACUUUUUCGUUCCUUCUUUAUUUUUCUCUGUUUUGUUUUCUUUUUCAUUCUGUUUUCUUUCUUUCCUUCCUUAUCUACUUUUUUCUUUCCUUUCUUUCUUUCUUUCCUUCCUUAUCUACUUUUUUCUUUCCUUUCUUUCUUUCUUUCCUUCCUUAUCUACCUUUUUCUUUCCUUUCUUUCUUUCUUUCCUUAUCUACUUUUCUAUCUUUUAUGUCUUUCUCUUUCUUUCAGUCUUUCUCUUUUCUUGAUAUUCAGAAAGUUUACUUUUGCCCGCCAUAUUGCCAUAUGAAAAGAAAAGGCAAUAGCGAAGCACUUACUUGCCUGCCUUAA